AUGAACACGCCAAUGCACUUUCCAAUAGAUGAAAAAUCAAUAUACCAAAUGAGUCUUAAUCCGGGCCCGUCGAAUCCAACAACGAGCUAUGUCAACGAAUCAACGACCGCCUUAACGAAUCAAUUACUUGGAAUUUUGAAUCCGCCAACGUCGUGCGAGGAAAAAUCGCCGGGUUUCGUGGAAUUAAUGGAGCCGCAUUAUCGGAAGCAGGACGAAAUCGCCGAGAAACUCGACAACCUCACCGCAAUGGUGCAGAGCUUCAUCGAAUCGCAGCAAUCGAUCAAUGAGUACAUUCUGGAAAGGCUUUACAAGUUCGCCAAUUUAUCGCCGGCGGCUUUUGAGCGGAAUCCAUCGAAUUGGAAUCAGAUGAAGGGCGAUUCGAACGAAGUGAUUGUUCAAGAACCACAGAAGAAGCAUCAAGAGGCCGCGUCGACGUCGAGCGUUCCGAAAAUCUCGAGUUUUCCGCACACCACUGCCACAACGCUGCCGUCGGCAAUCUCAAACAUAUCGAUGGCCAUCGAUCAGCAAUUAAACGCCAAAAUGAGUGUGAGGGAUUUCCUGAAGAACACCAUGACCGUCGUGAAGACUGACGCCGAGAAUCUUCGCGACAGCGACGAUGACGAUGGUGGCGGUCAAACAAUUGAAGGGAAUGGAGAAGGCACGAAGAAGCGAUUCAACAAAUUCCGAGUUCGGAAUCGGCCUAAGAAGGUCAAAAGCAUUGGUGUUGCCUAUACGCCGUUAUGCUCGCAGAAUUUCGGGCUCAACUCAUCGGAGAGCUCGAGCACACCGCCACAAACCGGCGCUCUGCUGAAACCGCAAGAGAGCUGCAUGGAGAAUCCGGGCAUCGAGCUGCCAUUGAUGCCGCCGAGCAUCGGAAUGCCGUCGACAUCAUUCAUGGGUAAUGAGAACGAGAUUCGAAGUUUUGUGGACCACACCCAAACCUCCAACUUCCGGCCUUAUAUGGGAACAAGCGAUUCUCGGUCGGCGUUCGUGCCCGCAAAUCAAUCCUACUUCUCUCAAAAAGAUCGCCAAUAA